CAAGUCACGGAUCCUCACGACUUCUCAAAUUGCCGUUGUAAAAAAGACAAUAACUCCACGUUUCAAAACAGACCUACACCCCACCCCCUAUAUAUACCCCCGCCCCUCUAAAUUUUUGCGAUAAGCACCAAGUUUCUGAAUUUUCAAAUUCUCAAGUGAUGGCUCGUACGAAGCAGACCGCUCGUAAAUCUACCGGUGGAAAGGCCCCAAGGAAGCAGCUUGCUACCAAGGCUGCGAGGAAAUCAGCUCCGACUACCGGCGGAGUGAAGAAGCCCCACCGCUACCGCCCUGGAACCGUCGCUCUUCGUGAAAUCCGGAAAUACCAGAAGAGCACGGAGCUUCUAAUCCGCAAGCUACCGUUCCAGCGAUUGGUUCGUGAAAUCGCUCAGGAUUUCAAGACUGAUUUGAGGUUCCAGAGCCACGCUGUGCUGGCGCUGCAGGAGGCGGCGGAGGCGUAUUUGGUGGGGCUAUUUGAGGAUACAAAUCUGUGCGCGAUUCACGCGAAGAGGGUCACCAUCAUGCCCAAGGAUAUCCAGCUUGCUAGGCGGAUUCGCGGCGAGCGUGCUUGAUUUGGUGGUUAAUGCAAUUUGAUUUAGGGUUUCUAGUAGUAUUAGAUAGAAGUUAAUAGUUUGGUUUUUAUCGUUUUCUAGACUGUGUCCUGAGGAUAGGGCAUUAUAGGCAUAAUGUGGUUGGGAUUUUAUAAUUGUUUUCUGUAAAUUUUUACAGAUUCUACUCAAGAAAUUGUUUUUUGCUUA